CUAUGGAGACGAAUUUGCUCAGAAACGACAUUAGAAGCUUCUCUUCUUGCCAAAAAUGGGAGCUUGUUCUCGCUAAUCUUGUAUUUCAGGAUUUUCGGGUUCUUGGGGAAGACAAAGCUUUCAUUAGUGAAACUGUAUCUGUUACCAUUUUUGGAUCAUUUGUUUUUAUAAAUUCUGUGAACCAUCAGAGAGAUGAUCAGAAGGUGCAUCAAACA